AUGCCUCUUUACAAGUUCUGUGUCGUUUUCGGUGCUCUGGCUACUGCUGUCGCUCGUGCUACUGGCGAACAUGCCCAGGUCGUCUUGAGCACCAACGAGUCCCCCGUCCAGCAGCAGCACCCUCUGAUUCCCCUUGACCGCAAAGCUCUCGAAGAAGUGUGCGAGUGGUUUGACGACUUCAUACGCACCAUGCCCGUCAAGCCCAGCGCCGCGGACGUGAUUCUGGUGCAAGAGCUUGAACAAGGCGCCGCCAGCCCCGAGGACGAAAACGACUCUGACCCCGCCUUGGACUCUGUCGUCGUCGACCUUGUUGGCCAAGACAAGCACAAAAAGUACUACAACAGGCUGAAAGCGCAGUAUGACGCCAUCAUGAGAUUGAAAGAGGAGGAGGAGCACGCCAAGGACGACCCUUGUGACUGA